UAACCUCCGCCGCUCGGGCCUGCGGAGCCGCACCGGGCACGGAGCGGGGGCCGGCGGCUGAACCGGACCCUGCCCGGGGCCAGCGCAGCAAGCACGAAGCUGAGCUGGGGACAGAGGUACCAGGGACCGAGGGGACAAGGUGUGUGGUGUCCUGGCCGCAGCCAAGGUGAGCUGCCCUCCGGCCUGGGAUGUGCCCUGAGCCCCUGCCCUGUGGGAGCUGCCAGUGACGGCAAGUGGGAGAGCCGGGAAGUCAGAGCAAAGGAAUUUGCAAACACAUUCUUCAGCGCCACGAGGAUCCCACUGCAUGUAAACAGGAAUAGAGGUCGGGCUGGGGCGAAGUGAGAGCUGCCUCCAGUUCUGCAAGACCCUCCCUGGACUCACCUGCCCUGGGCAGUGCCCAGUGCCACCAUCCCCACAUUACUGUUCCCGACUGCAGCAGAUCUGCUGUGGGAAGUGGCAGCGAAGGCGAAGAUCAGGGCGGCUGAGUGGCUGCCAAUGUCACGUUAACAUCCCGGCGAGGCUGCAGGGAGCCGGCUCUUUGAUCAUCCGCCCAAGAGCAUCUCGGAGCAGGCAGGAUGCCACUGUGAGCCCUGCCUUCCGCCUGGCACCCUCGGGGCUGGCUGCAGAAGAGGGGCGCGGGGCCCGCUGGCGCUGCCCCGUCUCCCCAGGAUGCUCUCCCGCACCAGCUGCUGCUCCCCGUGCUCCUGCUCCGCGGCCAGACCAAGGUUGAAAGCUCAGCAGGCUGCCGGCAUGUUUUAGCCUCAUGCAGGCGUCCCUCAGAGACCCCAGAGCAGUGGACAGUAAUGUGAAAACGAUACUCAUGUCGUGUCUGAAAGGGCAACAGGUCAUCAUUAAAAUGGAGGCGAUGAAGAUCAUCCACCCGGAGAAGUUCUCGGAGCUGCAGGCAUCGCAGCCGCGCUACGCGCCCGCCCCGCGCCGGGAGCCGCCGCUCGUGGCCAAGCGCGCGUGGCCCUCCGAGUCCGAGAUCAUCGUCAACCAGGCGUGCGGGGACAUCCCUGCCCUGGACGCCGCCCCCGGGCCCCUGCCGCUGCCCCGGACUCCCCCGCUGCCGCGGCGAGAGCGCGGCUACCAGGGCCAGCGCAAGGGCAGCUCCGAGGUCUGCUACCACCGGCAGCCGCCGUCGGACGAGGUGAUCGUCAACCAGUACGUGCUGCACCCCUCGACGCCCUGCGAGCCGCUGGAGUGCCCCACCUGCGGCCACAUGUACAACUUCACCAACAAGCGGCCCCGCAUCCUCUCCUGCCUGCACUCGGUGUGCGAGGAGUGCCUGCAGAUCCUCUACGAGUCCUGCCCCAAGUACAAGUUCAUCUCCUGCCCCACCUGCAAGCGGGAGACCGUCCUCUUCACUGACUACGGGCUGGCGGCGCUGGCCGUCAACACCAGUAUCCUGAACAGACUGCCGGCCGAGGCGCUGGCUGCCAACCCCGUCCAGUGGAGCAGCGACACCGACCGCAGCUGCUACCAGACCUUCCGCCAGUACUGCGGGGCCGCCUGCACCUGCCACAUCCGGAACCCGCUGUCCUCCUGCACCAUCAUGUGAGCCCCAGCCGGUCCCCUGUCCCCUCCCUGCCAGUGGCACAGCCAGUGAAUGCUCUAAUACUCACCACGGCCAAGGAUGUGGGACUGGUGUCCUUGCCAGCACUCGCGGGGGGCAGUGGGGGAGCCGGGACCUGGCAGCAGCCCCCCGCUCACAGUGGUGCCCGGGGAGAGGGACGCUGGCGUGGGGAGCACACCUGCCAGCACAUCCAGCCUCUGCAGCUCCCCCGGCCCCGCGGUGCAACGAGCAUCUCACCGCGCUCCUUCCCCGGGCGCCUCUCCCUCCUCUCUCCCCGGCUCUCCCGGGAGCGGACGCUGGGUUCUGGCCGGAGUGACACCCUCCCCAUCGCCCCGCGGCCGGCAGCAGCAGCACAAGGAGCCCCGGAGAUGCAUGGUGCCACACUGAGCCACCCUCCCAGCACAGGAAGCGAGGACAGGUCCCCAGCUGCCCCCUCCACCCCUCUCUGUAAGUUAUUUGCCAAAGCUUUCAUCUCAGUGGCCACGCUGCCAUGCGCCCGAGUCUCAGCAGCCGCACCAAGCCGCCACUCCGGCCCCUCGGAUGCCAGCAGCCCACGUCCUCCCCAGGCCCUUGAGGAAAGCUCCACUUUGUCCUCAUUUUGGAGGAUUCUUGUUUUUUUCCCCAUCCCUCCCGACCCCCCCAUCCCAGGCCACUAUGUGUUCACCAAGGCAUUGAGCUGUGCCCGUUCUCUGCCCCCCCGCCCGGGACCCAACCGAUGCCCCAUGGGAUGGCUCAGGAGGGUGGCACGGGGUCCAGCACCCCAAACUGCUGACUCCAGCAAGGGGAUUUGACUGGGCAGGAGGAACGAGGUCUGGCUCCUGCCCACAGUCCCUUCCCCUGAGCAGUACCCCUGCUCUGACCCCUGUGCAGGGGGGCUGGCAGGGCAGCAGCCCCCUGUGCACAGUCUUGCUUUCUCCAGAGCACCUGGAGGGGUAAGUUUGCUGCCAAAAAAGCAAAAAAACAAAAACAAAAUAAAGAAAAAGCCAUAAUUUUGGGUGCUCCCAUGGGGCUGAGCACCACAACCCGGCAUGGCCAGGGGCACACACUGCCCAGUCCCAAGGGGUCCCUGUACCCUGCAUCCUGGAGGAAACAGCAGCCCCUGGCACUGGCCAAAGCCCACCCAGCCCCCGCCAGGGAGAGGGGCCAGCCCGUGCCCCGCCCCUCCCGAGGGAGCGGGCGAUGCUGCUGCCGCAGCCCCAGGGCCGUUCUCCCCCCGGUGGGAACGGCGUCGGUACCGUCUCUGUGUUGCUCUGCCAAUGCCUCCCGCUGCUGGUUGUGACCAUGAUCAUGUUUUAUACCCAGCCUUGUUCUGACCCCCAUCAGUCUCCCCAAUAAAGAUUAUAUU